GGGUUCAGACGAAACUUGCAGAAAAGAGUAUCAUUGUCCGUUUCUGGAAACAAGACAUUGCCUCUCCGUAACGCUAACGUACAUUUUGAUACACACUUUGAAAGCUGUUAAGUAUCAUUAUCUCUAUGGUUUCUGCUUUAAUUAGCCUUGAAAUUUCAAGUUUAUCCACUUAAUCUCGGUCUGGAAACAAUGCAUUAAUUAACAUCUUUGACGUUAUAGUCACGUGUUUACUAUCGGCAUUCUUUUCUUCUAAAUUGUGUUACGAAAAUGGGAUAAAAUAAUUAACUUAACAAAACUCGCAUUAUCUUUGUUCAAGUAGGUACGCCACUUUGAUUAAUUUACGCUAGUGGUACAUCAACUUGAAUCGUUAAGCAUUUUCUUUUUGUAUGCUUUUAAAGAAACUAUAAGAGUCCUAGGAUUUUCUAAAUUGACGAAUAGAUUUGAAAAUUUAGAAUUGUUAGUGAAAACAGCUAAGUGCGUGCAAGUUAGCAUCCACCGACCAACUUCACCGUGAAGUCCUAUUAGUAAAAUACUGAUGACACAGACAACGUAUUACACAGAGAGCCGGGCCUAGAAUUUUUAAGGCUAGAAGCCCAAAAAGAAAAAGUGGCCGAAAAUAAAAUAAUAUAGGUAGGGGGAUUUAAACUCUGGUUCGGAGUUAAUGAACUGUGGCUAUUGAACCACUACACUAAAGACACACUUAUUGGAAUUUGUGGCCGGUUAUAUUAAUAUUAUUUGGCGGCCGGAAGCCCAUGCUUCUUUAGCUUGGGCCCAGGGCCGGCUCUGUACACACAAACAUGUCAGUUCCACACGUAACGAGAUAUUAAAUAUUUGCAAAGAACAAAAGCGAAACAUAACAGAUAAAAUGAAUUGAAACACAAAGAACAUUCACAAGAAAGCUUCGUAUAUAUAUGACAUUGUUAGAAAAAAAAAACGAUGAAAGCGUCACCAUUCGAAAACGAACUUCUUUAUCUAUGGUAAACCCUUGGUAAAUAAAGAUUAAAAGGACGUAAAAAUAAAACUUAACUUAAGAAACAAGAACCCAUAAAAAGUUAUCAAACAUUGACAGAGAUGUUGACAUAAAUCAGAUUUUGUCAAAAAGUAUCACUAGAGAGAAGUUUAGUUAGUGGAGCAGAGUUUCUAAAGCUAAAAAAGAAAUCCACAGAAAAUGUAAAUACAGUUGUCUUCAUGCAAGUUAAUUAGUCAUUAAAUAGCAUUCAACGCCUUAAAUUAUAAGCCUACAUUAAUCUUUAUAUUUCUUCUUUCUGUAGACUAUCUCCAUCCACACACUCUCUCACUAUUGGUGUUUCUGAUUCGUGCAUCAAAGAUAAUCAAUUUUUGAUGAUAACAUAUCCAAAACAAUACAUGGAGGCUUCUAGUGUCCAUCGCUCUCACCAUUGUUUCGAUAUAUUCGAAGGAAUGCCGCCACAAGACGAUCAUUUCAACUCGACAUUCCUACCAAACGCCAACUUCCAUGUCCCAUCGCAGUCACCAAACAUAUCAACACGCAGCAACAACCACUGCUUUCACUUAGACCCAAACGGAGAACACGUUUACGAGGGUCUGGUUCCAGACGAGAGAAGGGCGAAAAGAAUGGUCUCAAACCGAGAAUCAGCGAGAAGGUCGCGUAUGCGGAAGAAGAAGCAGAUAGAAGAGCUGCAGCAGCAAGUGGAACAGCUCAUGAUCUUGAACCAUAACUUGUCCGAGAAAGUCAUCAACUUGCUGGAAAGCAACCACCAGAUCCUGCAAGAGAACUCGCAGCUGAAGGAGAAAGUCUCUUCUUUUCAAUUGCUCAUGGCGGAAAUGCUGAUACCGGUGAGAAAUGUGGAUGGCGGCAGCAUCGAUGACCGUAAUCCUCAUCAUCAUCAUCAUCAUCAUCAUCAUCAUCUCAGAGGAGAGACUUCGACCAGGACCAACACUUUCUUUGGUAGGUAAAACAAAAAAAAAGUUUCAUGUUCUUGGUGUUGCUAAGCCAGUAAGGAGUACUAUGACUGAUUAACCAUUAUAUGUAAUGUGACUACUACUACACUAGUAAUAGCUUGCAUACAUACAUAUGUAUAUAAUAUAGUUAACAACAAUGCAAUAGCUAAUUAGUAUCA